GUUAAAUGAAUUAUCUUCGUCUAGACCUAGAAUAAUUCCAUUUAAAUGUGAUAUUGUUGGACUUUGACUUGCAGUUUUGAAGGCCGACCAGUCGGGUAUCCUGAAGUUCCCCAUGUCGCCACUCUCUUGUUCACUUGGAUCACCGUUAGGCUCUGCUCUCCUAUCUGGGGCUCCAGGCCUGCACCACGGCUCGGCCUCCCACCACCUCCCGCUGGACCUCCACCUCCGAAGCAAGCUGGAGCACGUCGGCGACGGCAGCAGCAAGACCAAAAAGGGCCGACGGAGCAGGACAGUCUUCACUGAGCUACAGCUCAUGGGCCUGGAGAAGAGAUUUGAGAAACAAAAGUACCUUUCAACACCAGACAGAAUAGAUCUAGCUGAGUGUUUGGAUCUGAGUCAACUACAAGUCAAGACCUGGUACCAGAACAGAAGAAUGAAAUGGAAGAAAAUAGUUCUACAAGGAGGAGGACUGGAAUCUCCAACCAAACCAAAAGGCCGUCCGAAGAAGAACUCCAUCCCGUCGAGCGAGCAGCUUUCGGAGCAGGAGAGGUCUCGAGACGUCGACCGUAAAUCGAACGGUUCCACCUCGUCACAUUCAGACACUAACCAAGAGGAAUAAUAACGUUGGUGCUCCGAGCCUCCGACUAACUGACAAAUAACUAGCUGACGAUGUUCUCCUGACAUACAGCCUCUGGGAUGCGUCAUGUUGCAUUGCAUGGUCGACGGUUGGAUCCAAGUGCCUUGACCUUGACGUCGAUAUGUUGGAACUUAGAGAGCGACUGAUGUUCGCCUUCCGUAUGAGAGGCGGAACUUGAUUUUUUACUACUAAUCUCGCUCAUCCUGGGACGAUGUUACUUUUCGUAUGCUAUAUUACAUCUUCUUUCAUCAUCAAUGUGUUCUCAAUACCUACUAUGUGCGUCCCUCCGCGUCACGACAAACUGUUGUUACUGCGGUGGAGCGGUAGAGAGAGGAGAGAGGGAACAGAGAAACAUCCAUCGACCAGUAGGUACUGUUUCAUUGCCUCCAUUCGAAGGACACACUUUACACACACGUCUUCUGUUCUGCCUUUCUUUGUUUUGCAUAUUUACAUGUUUUAUUCGGUUUUUAUUAUAAAGACAUUUUUGGAUGUAAUUAAAUAUUUUUUCACUUACA